AUGAUAGCAAGGUUGAACGAGCGACAUCGCAGACUGAGUUGUUUGGCGAGUGAGAACAAGACGAAUAAAGAGAAUCUAGCCGCGUACGUGCAGAACUUCGAGAACACGUUCUACAGCAAGCGCGAAGAGCUGCGAGGGCUGAUCGACGAGGUUCUGGCGAUCGAUGAACGGAACCGCGUCGAAGCGGCUCGUUUGUUAAACGAGCUGCUUGGUGACUUGCAGAAGUACCUGGCCGAGUGGUCGUCGUACUUGCCCUCGUUUGAGGUUCGCAAGGCACAGUCUUCUCUCAACGAAUUGAGUCUGAACAUUCAGUCAGCGCAGGAGUCGUUUGCUCCGCGACAAAAGUUCACUUUUACUCAUCAUCCUGCCGACAAGUUGGACUCGGCCUCCUGUUUAGAACAAACGGGAGCAGAAGAAAAUACCAGCAAGAACAGCGACAACGAACCUAGCAAAAAUGCUCAGCAAGUGGCUGCAAGCAAAGAGAUUGCCAGAGUGAACGUUUUGGGUCUGAGUAACCAGCAGAACCGGACGUUGUGUCUGAACGAAGAAUGCGAAGGGCGGGAUGUGCUUCUGUUCAGUCUCGACUCAUGUACGGUGUACAUCAAAGCGGUGGCCUCAACGGUGCACAUGGCGAAGCUACGCAACUGUCAUCUCGUGAUCCUGCCCGUGUCCACGUCCGUGCUCAUGGAAAACUGUUCAGAUUGUGUCGUUUCAGUCGCCUGCCAGCAGCUGCGCAUUCACCAGACGCACGACUGCAGUUUCUAUAUCCACAUCACAGGCAAGGCGAUCAUCGAAGAUUCGAACGCGAUCCACGUCGCCCCAUACAAUCUUAAGUGCGACCGUAUGUCGGAGCUGUUCCAGAAGGCCCAUCUGAACGUAGCAGUAAAUCACUGGAAUGAAGUCGAAGAUUUCAACUGGUUAGUAAAAGACGUGCAGUCGCCAAACUGGGAUUGUAUUCCCGUCGGUGACCGCAUCGCCCAUGUGGCUGAGUCCGAGGCCCAAACCGAUGCUGAUAGCAAGAACAACGACGAUGCAAUCCAUUACCAGCAGACUUAA